GGUAAAUGUUUGCUCUGAGUACUGGAAUUUCUUCAUCAAAAUGUUAAAUCCAGAGCAUGGGAACAACAUAAUCAGUUGUAAACGUGGAAUGUUAACACUAUGGUGGCUUCCUUCGCAUUAUUAGUUGCGGCGAUCGAUUUUGGUACUACCUUUUCCGGUUGGGGAUUUUCGUUCAGACAUGAGUUUGAAAGUGAACCAACAAAAGUGUUUACAAAGCCUUGGCCUGGCGGACGGCUGUCUCUAAAAGGGCCAACGUGCAUUUUGAUAGAACCAGAUGGUCUGACACUACACAGUUUUGGAUAUGAAGCGGAAAAUAAAUACGCCGAUCUGGUGGCUAACGAAGAACCCGAGAAGUGGUUCUUCUUCCAACGGUUUAAGAUGCAACUUUACGAGAAACAGAGACUUGGGAGAGACAUGGUGUUAGAAGACAUCAGCGGAAAAAAGAGGCUCUCUGCUAAAACAGUAUUUUCGCUGUCCAUUAAGUACAUGAAGGAUGACCUUAUGAAGAUGUUACAGGGACGUAUGUUUGGUUGUGGCAUCAAAGAAGAUGAAAUACAAUGGGUCCUUACUGUACCAGCUAUCUGGAAUGACGCCGCGAAGCAAUUCAUGAGGGAAGCUGCACAAGAGGCUGGUAUAUUAGAAGAUAAAUUGAGCAUUGCGUUGGAACCAGAAGCAGCCAGUUUAUUCUGUCGCCAUCUACCGGUUGAAAAACUCAGCAGUGAUAAAACAACAUUGUCUACGUUUGAAGUAGGAAAAAAGUACAUUGUAUUGGAUGCAGGAGGUGGCACUGUGGAUAUUACGGUACAUGAAGUUUUGUCUGGCGGGAAACUUAAAGAACUGUACAAAGCCAGUGGUGGAAAUUGGGGAGGUACAAGAGUAGAUCAGGCUUUCACAGACUUUCUGUCCAACGUUGCAGGUUCUGAUGUGAUGUCAAAAUUCAAAGACAGACAUAUAGAGGACUACAUUGACCUGUUGAGACAUUUUGAAGUAAAGAAGAGAGAUAUAUGUCCAAGCACUGACUCAAAAGUAACAUUCAAAAUACCCCAAACGUUUGCCGACGUAGUGCAAGAAUGCAGAGAUAAAACGCUGCAGAAAAGGAUUGAUGAGACAAUAUACUCGACACAGGUUAAACUGCAAGCAGAUAAACUACGAGUGAAAGCAGAUGUAGCUAAGCUAUUUUUUGAGUCUCCAAUAAAAAACAUCAUAAAUCACGUAAAAGCCUUGCUGCAAGAACCCGUUAACAAUGAUGUUUCUGCCAUUCUCAUGGUUGGUGGGUUUUCCGAGUCGCAUAUGCUACAAGAAGCCAUAAGAAACAAUUUUCCAAAUCUAGGAGUUAAAUGAA